GCGAGAUAAGGCGUAUCUCAUCUUCGUGAUUAAUUAUCUCUUCCAUCCACCACCACAAGCAGUAAUGGUUUGUGCUUCUGCGCCACUGAUAUUCACGUUUAUCCACGGUGAAUAUAGUCUCAAACAGUCGACAUACCCCAAUCCAUCAAGGAUACCUUGCGAAAGUUCAGAUUUGCCCGUCGCAAUGAGGGCCAUGCUGCGCUCAUCAUCAAGAUCAACAAGGCUACACUUGCGAUGGAGGAAGUAGAGCAAUUUGAUAAUAUCAGCGUCGAGGAGCUGGCGGAAGAGCUUCCGGAGAACAGUCCUCGAUACGUUGUACUCAGCUACGAACUGAAUCACUCCGACGGACGGAAAUCGUUCCCACUUGUCCUUGUUAACUGGGCGCCAACAUCGAGUGAAAUCGGAUUGCUGACGCUGCAUGCCAGCGCGUUGAUCAACUUUCAGAACACCGCUAGUGUCAGCAAAGUCGUCGAAGUCAGAGACGGGCCUGAAGGUCUUACCAAGGAGGUGAUAGACAGCAAAUUAUCAUGAUAGAAUAAAAAUGUGUACCCACUACUUGAAUGCCGACGUGCUUCCAUCGAA